UGCCCCUACAAGCGGUCUUGGAGCCUGCCACCAGUAAUGUUCUACGACAGCCAUAUAGCAAGACCAAAGUUAUUGCCUCUGCUGCAGUUAUAACUCUAGCUGCUUAUAUUUCAAAUUAUAUUUAUAAAAGACGAUUCGAAAAUUCGGGGCCUCCAAUUAUAUCUCCAAUAUCAGGUUCAGGUGAUAAUAGAAAUGACGCCUUUGAUGGCCCAGCGUCUGGAAGUAACAAAUAUACCAUAACGGUACCUUAUAAAAAUCGAACUGCAAAAGUCACUAUUCGUCCAACUCCCAACGAAACUUUUAAAAAACACAAGAAAUUCUUCCCCCCCGCCACGAGUGCUCGUUUUUGUGAUGGUCUUGCUUCUUUGUAUUCUAAUUUGGGUAAACCAUUAUUAGAUACAAUUAUAUUUAAUUACCAAUUGACAAAAAGCAUUGGUGUUGUCGGAAUGAUGGGACUAUUCGGAAAUUACCUGCUUACUGCUUGGAUAUUAAGGAAGGCUACCCCUGCUUUCGGUAAAUUAGCUGCUCACGAAGCAAAAUUGGAAGGCGAUUUUCGUGCUGCCCAUACUCGUCUUAUUACUAAUGCUGAAGAAAUUGCUUUCUAUAAUGGAGCUGAUUUGGAACUUUCUAUUCUGAAUCGUACUUAUACGAAACUUAUUAAACACAUAAAUUCCAUUUUUAAAAUUCGUAUUGCAUAUAAUAUGUUUGAAGACUUUCUAAUAAAAUAUUGUUGGAGUGCGAUUGGACUUUUAAUGUGUUCUGUGCCUGUUUUCUUUCCUAGUUGGGGUGGCCGAGGUGGCAGGCAAGAAUUAGGUGGUAAUACCGUCUAUGGAAAAGAAAGAGACCGUCGUAUGAUGUAUUCUUACAAAGAACUUGCUGAACUCGCUGGCUAUACUUCUAGAGUUUAUAAUUUACUUUCCGUCUUACACUCCUUAUAUGCUUGUGAAUAUGUUGCAACACCUCGUCCGUUGAAUUUUCCUGAUGAUCAAGAAUUUUACUCGCUUGAUAAUAUACGUGGUGAAGUAAAUUAUGGUUAUAAUGGCUUAAAAUUUGAAAGUGUUCCGAUUGUUGCACCUAACGCAGGAAAUGAGCGAGGAGGUGAAGAAUUGAUAAAGUCAUUAAAUAUUUCAAUACAUCCUGGUGAACAUUUGUUGAUUACUGGUCCAAACGGUCGACUAUCUAGACCUGAAGAAAAAGACAUUUUUUAUAUUCCCCAACGUCCAUAUCUUAGCAUAGGCACUCUUCGUGAUCAAAUCAUUUACCCACAUUCUUUAACGGAUAUGAAGCGUUCAGGUCGCACUGACAAUGAACUACUCGAUAUUUUACGUAAAGUUCAUUUGGCUAACAUACCUGAUCGCGAAGGUGGAUGGGAAACUCAAAAAGAGUGGAAAGAUGUUUUCUCUGAUGAAGGUACCUGUGAAUUUUCGACAAUUGGUACCGAACAAGAACGUAUGUCUUUGGAUAAGGAGGUGGCUGCUUUAGUAGCUAAAUUGAAAGAUGUCGAUUCUUGGAAGGCCAGAAUUGCGGAAAUCAAUAAGGAAUUACAAUUGAAUAUAUGA